AUGCAAGGCCUUUACGAACAGGGCAAGAAGAAGCUGAUCGCUAUCAAUGACGCGUUCAGCUCUCUUCAACAAGCCACAGAUGUCGGCUUGCUAACCAAAAGUACAUUAGCUCUGCUAUUUGGGCAUCUUGGAAAGUACGAGGAAGCACUGAAGCGUAGUAAAGAGGUGCUCCAGUUAGCGCUCGAGGCAGUUGAAAAGGCCAAAAAGGGAGGAAAGGGCGACACAGCUUCUGUGACAAGACAACGGGGAGCUCUUGGUUCAAUUCAAUACGAUCGGGCCGAGGUCCUCACCUACGUCGGACGAUACGUGGAAGCCGAGGAGAUGAAUACCCAAGCUUUGGAGAACAUACAGAGGAACUUGGGCAGCAAGCACGUGUCAACGCUUAACUGCUGGAGUCUCAAAGCACGCCAUCUCGCCGCUACCUCUCGGUUACCGGAAGCCGAAGAGCAGUGCCAAAAGACGUUGAAAGUUAUGCGGAAGGAAAUUGGCAAGGAACAUCCUUCUACCUUGAAGACACUUGGUGUUCUGGUCUACGUCUACCGGCUCCAGGCUCGGCUGACAGAAGCGUUAGAUACGGCCAAGUAUCUCCUUGAAAAAUGUAGGACCAGCGACGCAUUUGGAGAGGACCAUCCAGAGACGAUCAGUUCAAUGUGGCAGCUUGCUGAAGUGUACCUUGCACGGGGAGACUUCAAAAAUGCAUUGCAUUACCAGGAUCAAGCUGUGAAGUUGGCAGACAAAGUCCUCGGAAAGGUUCACCCUACGGUGGUCAGUUACAGAGCCUGCUUGGCACGCGUCUAUUGCAAUAGAGGAAACUGGGCACAUACAGCAACCCUUUGUGUCGACAUUCUCAAAGACUAUGGUGUGAUCAUCUCUGAGGCGUUUCAGGAUGUUGUCUCGACAAUGCAAUGUCUCGGUGUUACCGAGCGGGAACGCCUUCACGGAAACCUUGAAGUGGCAGAAGAAAUACAAACCAAAGCCCACGAAUACAUCGAAAAGAAGCUAGGCAAAAACCACGCGGAUACUCUGUCCUCGAAAUGGGACUUAGCAUUGACGAAGCUGAAAAGAAACCAAGACGGCGCCCUGAGCGAGCUCGAGCACGUCACUGCAUCGCGAAGAAGAGUUUUAGGAGAAGACCACCCAGACACACUCGCGGCACGGCAUCACCUCAGUGUGGCAAAGUUCAACAUGUUCCGCAACCUGAGCGAGCUGGCUGAGCAAGCUGAAGUUCUUCGUUUGUGCAUCCACCUCUUAGGAGAGGAACACCCAAGCACAAACUCGGCACGGAUCGAUCUGUCGAACGGAUAUCAUCUGGUAGGGAUGCUCACGGAUGCAGAGCAGCUGCUGUUGAAAGCGCUCAAGGUCCAGAUCAAGACGUUG